GAUAAAUAUAAAAUAAAAGCAACCUUGUUUUGCAGCUGCGAUUUUUAGCUGAAAAAUUCUGUGCAAGGUAUUAACAAUGGCCUCCUUCAAUAAAUUGGCAGUUUUGAGCCGUGCUCUCAGUUCCGCUGCCACGCAGACUGUCAAGCCACCAGUGCAGGUGUUCGGCCUGGAAGGUCGCUAUGCCACUGCCUUGUACUCGGCUGCGUCGAGAAUGAAUCAGUUGGAUCAGGUGGAGAAGGAUCUGAACGCACUUCAGUCAACCAUGAAGAGCGACAAGAAGCUGCGCGAGCAAGUGACCAGCCCCAUCAUCAACAAGAAAGUUAUGGCUACGGCCUUGAAGGAAGCCUCUGCUAAGCUCAGUUUUGCCCCAGCUACAGCUAACUUGUUGGGUCUGUUGGCUGAUAACGGACGCUUGAAGAAGCUGGAUACAGUUAUUAAUGCAUUCAAGACCAUUAUGGCUGCUCAUCGCGGCGAAGUGGUCUGUGAAGUGGUUACUGCCAAGCCAUUGGACUCAUCCCAAAGCAAGCAAUUGGAGGGUGCUCUGAAGUCCUUCUUGAAGAGCAACCAGACGCUGAAGAUCACAUCUCGCGUGGAUCCCAGCAUCAUUGGUGGUUUAGUUGUUUCUAUUGGUGACAAAUAUGUCGAUAUGAGCAUUGCCACCAAAGUGAAACUCUACACAGAUGUCAUUCAGUCUGCUGCUUAAGCUAAAGGAUUAAUAUUUGAAUUAUGUGUGGCGUGUUAAACGAAUAAACCCCUUGGCCUAGGCUUCUAUAGGA